ACAACUCUGUUUUACACCUAGGACAUAGUGGACAGCAAGGGGAGAGAAGGACAAGAGAUCCCCACUGUGAGUUGCUCUGUCCCCGGGGACCUGGAAGAGCUGGAGACUGCAAAGGAGGACCCCCAGACCACAAACACAACGAAGAAUAAUAAUUCCAUCAUGAGCUUCUUUAAAACUCUGGUUUCACCUAGCAAAGCUGAAACAAAAAAAGAUCUGGAAGACACGGCAUCCAAAGCAGAAAGUGUCUGUGAUGGCCAAGCCGGACAGAAGACCUUUGAGAACCAAGCUAAAGUCACCAAGAAAAAGCACCUGCAUAGCCCCAGGCUAGGAUUCACAUUUAGAAAAUUCUUUAGGCAUAAGGGUGCUGAAAAGUCGCCAGCCACUUCAUCUGACGUCAAGUCAGACAAAGCGAACUUUAUAUCCCAGGAGAGCAGAGGGGAGGCCAAGAACCCUACAUCCACCAACACUACAAAGGAAGCUGCCAAGGAAAAGGGGGGACCCACCUCUCUGCCUCUGGGCAAACUGUUCUGGAAAAAGUCAGUUAAAGAGGAUUCAGUCCCCGCAGAGGAGAAUGUAAGUCAUGUAUUAAAUGGUAGAAUCAUUCCAUGCUCAUCUUCCGCAUGCUGGACCAUUCAUUGGGCAUUUCAGCUCUGGGGUCCCAUGUUCUUGCAUGCUCCAAUGUCUCCCAUCUGCUGUAGACUCUUUCACCCUUUCAUGUGA